AGUGCGCUCGGAAACCGUGUCCUGGCAAGGUCACAUAUAACAUCGACGCGGCGUGUGCGCUCCAUGACGGCGAAUGGGAGGACGAGCGCCAUCAGAAGGGCUUCGCGAUUGGCAACACAACCGCGCACCAGCGACGCACGACGGCCCAGCCUCCGCCAGAAAACAUCAGCCCACCUGUCCCCCGGCACCAGCUGAAGCCCGGGUCAGGUCGCACCGAGCGACCCCCGCUGCCUGAGACACCUGCGGCUGUCACCGCCUCCGACCAUGACCUGCUGGCGCCGCGCUCUGCUCCUCAUUGGUGGACUGGGCCUGUGCAGUGACGUCAUCGGAGAUCCGCGCAGCCUGCCCGACACGGUGUCACCAGCUGACCGGAAGCCCUGUCCUGGAGACGACGUCAUCGAUGUGUUUGUCGUCAUCAAUGCGAGAGGUCUUGUUGGUGAUGAUGACCUGGCCGUCUGGAGAAGACUGGAGAUGAUCUGGCACGCGUCCGAAGUACUGCCGGACGACAAGGUGAUUCUGUACGACACGCGACCUCCAUUGCCGCCCGUGCCCGUGCCCCUCCUGGAGAUCACCGCCGCUCACCACCCGGACAGUUUCUUCACCACCAACAUCACCAUCCCCAAGUUCAACUUCUCGGACGCACCUGUUGUCUCGCACUGUCUGGGCGUCGGCGUCGCCUACGUGCGCAACGGCCUGUCCGUCGCCUCCAACUGUCUGUACAGCCGGCCGGACUGGAUGUACGCCGCCGCCGCCGACCUACGCGGUCUUCGCCUGCACGAGGUGAUGCUGCCCGGCACGCACGACGCCGCCUCCUACCGCGACUACGAAGGCAAGAAAACCGACGACGACCUCUUCACGCGCUACGCAUCGGCGCAGGAGGAGACGCUGCUGACCCAGUUCUUUCUGGGCGCGCGUUAUUUCGACGCGCGCGUCGCCUUCUAUCCGAGCAGGGCCGAACGUUUCUGGGUGAGCCACGGCUUCGUGCCGUUUCGGCCGUUCUCCGUGGUCGUCGACGACCUGGUGGCGAUGCUUGAACGGACGCGCGAGAUCGUCGUGUUCGAGAUCGGCGGCUUCGAGGGCGCGUUCGACAAGCACCCGGAGGCGUACCAGGAGCUGCUGGAUGCGCUGCUGCCACGGCUGGAGCGCUGGCUGGCGCCGCUGCCGCCCGGCGCGCACCACCAGGUGCUCCUCGGUGACCUCUGGGCCAGCGACCGGCGGCUGGUCCUCAGCUGGGACGCCGACGCCUCUGGUUACGACAUCCUCUGGCCUCGCGUGCCCAACACCUGGCACAACGAUGACACACCCGAGGCGCUGUACGACACGCUGAACCGCAGCAUGGCCGACGCGCCGCGGCCUGAGCUGUGGGCUCUGGCCGGCGAGAUGACCGACCACCCCAACGACAUCAUCUUCGACCGACUGAAGUCACUGCGUGACAUGGCGGACGCGGUUAACAGGAAUGUGUCGCGCAUGGUGCGCUACGACUGGUGGGACCUCACGAACAUUGUCAUGGCCGACUUCUUCAUGAGCACGUACAACGCGGACACGGCCGUCUUGGUCAACUGGCAGCGCGCGCACUGCCGCUGAGCGCCUGCCGCGGUAGGCAGGGUCACAGGUCAAAAAAGGUUAAGGGGGCAGUCAGGGGUCACAGGUGCUAUACGCUUAAUUUCGGUACAUGACGGGCCAAGGGGUGGCAGCAAAAUGCGCAAAAAUGGAUGACAGAUUUGACACGAUGGUGGUUUUAGUGGCACUUCAAUUUGCCCGCUGGUGCUUGGGACGGAUGGACUUGGACGGGACGAUGUGCCCUAUAGUGUACACUUGUCCAGAGAUAUGCUUCAUGGUGCUUUACGCUCUGUACCCGGACAGGACAUAUUGCGUAUUGACAGACGACGUACCUAGGAGCUGCUUGCCGGUGUUCAGAGUGAAAUGUACGAC